UUAUGACUGGCUGGAACGCAGUGAAAACAACCCUAAAUAGCUCCAGUUGAGUUUGUUUGGGGGGCAGUAGAGAGUGACAGCUUUGAAAACGGAGAAAGGAAGAGAGAAAAUUUGUUCUGAUCACGCCAUUAUAAUCCACCGUGGAGCAGGAAACUUCUCCCAAACUUCCCGAAAACAGAACCUGUUCUGGACUUGGACUGAGCUGAUCGCAGUUUACCGAAUCUGCUGUUCCUCACGUCGUCAUAUUUGCUGUGCUCGGGGAUUUUUCUCACUUAACUUAUUCACUCGGAAAGUUUCCAUUGAAGAUCGCGAGUGAGGAAGAGCCUGGUGGAUAUCGUGUCUUUUUUUAUAUAAACUUUUUUGAUACAAAGACAUUAUGUCGGGGAGUGUCGGGAUCUAUGCUGCGAAGAAACGGAAGAAGCCCGUACAGAAAAUCCCCAAGCCCCCACCUCCAGAUGGGGUCAAGUCAAAUCCCUCCAAACGCCACAGGGACCGGCUCAACGGGGAGCUGGACAAGCUGACCAGCCUGCUUCCAUUCUCUGAAGAUGUGCAGGCGCGCCUGGACAAGCUUUCUGUGCUGCGGCUCAGCGUCGGCUACCUGAAGGUCAAGAGCUUUUUCAAUGCCACCAUAAAGAAGAACAGUCUGGGCUGGAUGGCGGGAUAUGGCACCAACGGCACCAGCGCGUCCACCAUCGAUGGGGUCUCCUUCUCCGAGGGUGAACUCCUCCUCCAGGCUCUGAAUGGCUUCGUCCUCGUGGUCACGGCCGAGGGCUACGUCUUCUACGCGUCCCCCACCGUACAGGACUACCUCGGCUUCCAUCAGUCUGACGUGGUCCACCAGAGCGUGUACGACCUGAUCCACACAGACGACCGCGCCAUGUUCAGAAGACAGCUCCACUUUGCCCUUGACCCUACUCAGUUUGACGCGGAACAGGGAAGCGAUGGCAUGCAAAGCCCCAGCGAUAUCAACACCAAUGUCGUGACCUUCGAUCCCCAGCACAUCCCCCCGGAGAACACGUCCUUCCUGGAGCGGAGCUUUUGCUGUCGUUUCCGCUGUCUCCUGGACAACUCGUCUGGCUUUCUGGCCCUCAACUUCCAGGGAAGGCUGAAGUACCUCCACGGGCAGAAUAAGAUGACUGAAGACGGCACCAUGGCCCAUCCCCAGCUGGGCCUGUUCGUUAUUGCCACACCUCUGCAGGCUCCAUCUAUCACCAUGAUCCGUUCAAAAACGCUCAUCUUCCAGACAAAGCACAAGCUGGACUUCACGCCCUUGGGCAUUGACCCUAGAGGGAAGGUGGUUCUUGGCUACAAUGAAAUAGAGCUGUGCAUGAAAGGCUCUGGAUAUCAGUUCAUUCAUGCUGCCGACAUGAUGUACUGCGCAGACAACCACAUUAGAAUGAUAAAAACUGGGGAGAGCGGUCUCACAGUCUUCAGGCUUCUGACGAAGACUCGGGGCUGGAUCUGGGUUCAAGCCAACGCAAGGCUGGUGUUCAAAGGAGGAAGGCCAGACUUCAUUGUGGCCCGUCAAAGAGCCUUAACGAAUGAGGAGGGUGAGGAGAACCUGAGGCAGAGGAAGAUGCAGCUGCCCUUCAACUUUGCUACAGGAGAGGCAGUUCUUUAUGACACAAGUCCAACCCUUGACAUCCAAGGCAGCAGUAAGACUCCCAGGAUGAACAGGAUGCCUGAUCAGAAGGCCCUGGAUCCCGAUUCCAUUCUUGGGUCCAUGCUGAAGCAAGAUCAAUCUGUAUACCACCAGCCCUCUGAGUCUGAAACACAGUUCCCCCUGGACAAAGCUUUCAUGGACAGCCAUGCGCUUUUCAAUGUCCCCAGUGACAACUGGCAUCUAGGGAACCAGAAGUCCACUAAUGAGGACGUUAUUAUCAAAGACAUGAUGGAGACACUGGAGCAGAUCCUGGGUGACAAUAACAUGUGCAUCACACUCCAGGAGAUGGAUGUGGAUGCGAUGGAGAUGAAGGAUUGGGAAAACACCCUGCUCAGAAUGAACACCAACAACAGCGACAUGUCUGUCGAGCUCAAGGACAUCCUCACAAAUGACAUCUUUAACUAUGUGGAGGAGGAGCUCUUCAAACAGAAAGGGGAGAGCCCCUGUGUCUCUAGCUCUGAGCAGGUCAGCCCCAUGGAUGAUAUCAACAAUCUACUUGCCCACCAGAACACUUUCCUGGGAGCUUCAGAGAGCCUGACAGCCGUGGAAUUGCCAGCCCCUAUGUUGCAUGAAAACCAGGGCCUCAGCCCUCAGAACCAAGCGGUGACAGAUCCCAAAAAUGGCUUCAUAGGCUUAUCAGGGCAAAGCCUGGUGAACGGAAUGCAAAACUUCACUCAUUUGAGGACCCCGAUUCCAUUGGGGAUCAAUGGUCCCACAUCAAUGGAGCCUGCUUUACAGAAGACACCACCAGAGAGCGUGUUUGCCCCACCUGUAGGCUACUCUCAAGGCAGCACUCAGAACAACUUAGUCCAUAACAACAUCAUGUCCUUCGGUCCCUGUUCCACAGUGUCUUGCGCUCAAGCUCAGUCAAGGCCUGGCCUGCCCAACUCCCAAGCCUUGAUGAACGGGUUGGGACCUUGCUCCCAGAAACAGGCACAGAUACCUGCCCAGGGCUUCUCCAGCCCAGUGGCUCCGCAUCUCCAGGGCCACCUGCAGGCAGGUAUCCUGAGCCAGCAGCCGCACUUCCGGCAACACAACAAUGUCAACCAGCCAAACGACAUCAACCCAAGUCAGUGGGGCCCCACUAUGCCCAGUGCCAACUUCACAGACCAACUAGAGGAGGCCUGUCCCCCCAAUGUUUCCAUUCCGGAUAACCUCAUAGAUCCCUCACCGGUAGUCCCUGUUCAAGGACAUUUGUCACUGCAAACGCAGAAUGUUCAGGUCCCCAGGCUUCAGUCAUGGCCAGCUCCCAUGGGAAAACAUCCUCCUAGUUGUUACAGCCAGAAGCCAGGCUUUAAGAGUAACUGUGUGACGGGUCAUCAGACUCUCAACGGCCAGAACUGUCAGACUGGUUUCAGACUACAUAAAACAACCAAUGGGGUGUACCCGGCCCUAGGCCGGCAGCCGGUGGAUACCCUGUCACCGUCAACCAGUAGCUGUAUGUUUCAGAGUGGCCCAGCUGCCCCCUCCAACAAGGCUUGCUUCAAUAACAUGGGGAGGAUGGCCUCGGCCCCCACAUGUCCGCCAAUGAAUAAGCCUCAUGACCAUAGUCAGCAGCAUGGCUGCUACUAUUUCCAGAUGAGCACCACUGAUCCCCUGGCAGGCACGUCGUCCCUCCCCCAAAACGAUAUCAACAUGGGCUCGUUGACGUGCUCCCACUUCCCUGGCAUUAGCCCAGAUGGCAUGAUCACCCAGCAGCAAUACCUCACCUGAAAUAUCCACACACAGAUCUCUAACUGUCCAGUGGAAGCAAAUGGACCCCCUCCCUCCCCAUCCCCCAAUGGAACUCCAUGCUCCUCAGUAGUCUCGCCAGUUUCCCUAGGCCUGAACUUUUCUUGAGCAGCAAAGAUACUUACUGAAAGCAGCACUUGCUGUGGGAGCUUGCCGAAACCUGUUCUCCCUGCACCUCCGGAACCUCCCACCUUCAGUCUCUGAAGGCCUGGUGUGGCUAAAAUAUCACCUCUCCCCCCCCCCCCCCCCCCCCCCCCCCUCGCCCAACACACACAGUUUAUACAGUGAGAUUCCAGUUACUACCAGCCAAACUGUGUGUGCGUUUGUGUGAGAGAGAAUGUGUGAUGUGGGUGGGGUCAAGAUUUGGGUGGGUGGGGUCAAUUUAAAAAAAGAAAAAUUAAAAAGGAGCAGGUGUCGAGCAGGCUCCUGUAAUUGCUGUCUUUUUUUUGGUGCAGAAGUGGAAAUGAGUGGAUGGACACACACACACACACACACAUAUAUGUGUGUGUGUGUGUGUGUGUAUGUAUAAAACCUUUUGGAUAUUUUUCUUUGUGCCUCCAGCUUUGCUUUUCCUUCCACUAAAGGAGACCCACGAGACUUGUGGAAACUUGCAGUUAGACUGUGCGUUGGGUGGAAAACUCACCUCCCCUGGACACUAUAAUGAAGUAAACAAUGGAGGAUGUAAGGAGUCUGCGCCCUGGAAAUCAGUUAGAGCUCUCAUGAUUUACUCAUGCUUACUGGAACAACACGCGCGGCACUAAGGGAAAUGCGGUGUCGGUUGGCAUGGAGCUGCACAGUGCUCAUCCGCACUAAAUGAAAUCUCCAUGCACAGUGUCUGGAAGGUGCAGGAUCGUAACUGUAAACACCGUUUCAGAUCAUGACCUUACAGUCAAAGAUAUAAAACGUAUACAUUUCUGAAAACCUGAAAAAACACCUUUUUUAUAUAUAUCUUCAAGGCUUCCGUAGGCUGUUUCCCUAGCAGUCCUUUUGCUUGUUUAAAAAAAUGUUUAAAUGUUUAUGAAUCAUGUUAUAACAAGAUACGAUAAUCAGAGUAAUACCAUAAAGGAUCAUUUAUCCAGCUUUGUUUUGUUGUUAAAACAUGCCUCUAUUAUAUUUUUACCAGCAUUUAUUUGUAGUUAUUGACUUGCCAAUGAGCCAUUCUUUGUAUUUCCUUCGCUGUCCCCCCCCAUAGAAAGGAGCUAGAUUGCCCCUAUUACAAAUGCAGUUCCCAUUCUCGAUCCAUGUGCAGUUUUUAAGCACGCCGAAUGCCCAAGAGUGGUUGCUGCUGAUGACAAACACAGGACACAAUUCAUUACCACUUACCAUGCAGAUUUGCAGCAUGUAUAUGCUCUCCCCUCUUGGGCUACGGUUAUAGCUAAGCAGCCCCUGACAUCAGUUUGAUGGUUACAGUAGUGUGGCUCAGUUCACAUUUGUUUUAUUCGGAAUUGUUUUUUUUUUCCUACGGGCCUCUGAGUCAGACAGUGAUGCAAUUUAAUUUGCUAGACGUCGUUGUAGCAGGAUUGUGUUGAAUUUUAUCAAAUUGCCAGGGGAAAGACGCUCACAUGGCCUUAGUGCAGGGAUCUCAUAUUCUAGAUGGUCGCCGUCUGGUUAUCCUAGCGAUUCAUCAUCAUUUUCACAAGAAUGCCACAUAAGGCAUGGUUAGGUAUCGUGUUAUUAAGCGCACAAAGAUUGUUUGUUACCCCCCUCCCUUGCCUACCCCUUGCACAUGAUGUAAUUAUGUAAAAAAUCUAAUUAAAUGUAUUGUAUGUUUUUCUUCAGGCGUGCAUGUGAAUGUUGGCACUGUGGUUAACUGGUAGGUUUCCUCACCUAAUGGUCGUCUAGCGUGAGAAACGUUCAUUGUCUGCUCUCCGUCCAGUGCGGCUCCAUCGACAACAGCCGCUAGCUGAAUAGAAGGACAUGGUUGCAAAAAAAUGAUGGUAUGUUGUCACGGGAACUGCAUUUUUCGUAAGCAUCCUGCCCCUUGUGCCCUUCGCUUUGUCACAAAGACAAACUUCCAUCCUCAUCUCGUCUUCUGUGUUUAUAAAUUUCAUUCUCACUGUUUUUUUUUUAUGAAGGUGCAAUAUGUAUUGCACUGUUCAGUGAAGAUGAGAGUAACUAGGCAGCUAUGUUUGAAUACAAACGUUGCAUUUGCAUAAAUACACCAAAGAACUAAAAUAAAUAUGUUAUUAUUAUUAUUAUUAUUAUAAUUAAUGCCAGGUUUCCUUAAAAUUUGAAUCAUUGUCAUAAAAUGGGUAAAACUACCCAAAAUAACUAGCUGACAUUGCGUUUGGUUGAUUAUAAUAUCUAAAUAAACUUUACAUAUCCCAAGGACAAAUUAAGGGCACACAGUUUUGUUGAAAAUAACUAGUGGCACUUUUCUUCUUAUCAAUGUCGUCCCAGACGCUAAUUAUGUUACACUCUGCAGUAAUGCACAUUUCCCUAAGCUGCAUGUGUCCUGCAGUUUCGCCUUUUUGAUAUUUGAGAGAUGUUAUGCUUCCAAAGCUUUUGAUACAAUCAAUCAGUCUCUUUUGGUUUUUUUGAUAUUGAUCAAAAAUAGGACAUUGUGUGUGAGUUUUUCUUAUUUUGCUGAGUUGAAACAGCUUAGUUGUCUUUUGACAAAAUCUGAUGGUUGUCGUUGGCCAGUUCUAAGCAGAACAUCAGAAAGUCGAGGCCUGUGAUUCACUUCAGACUCAAAAGUGGGUGAAUUAAUUAGUUUGGGGCAGGGGGGGUGCGAUUAUGAGACCUUGGACCUUAACUAUGUGAGUCAUUCACUGUUUUGUUUCAUUGUUGACUGCUUUUUGCCAUCACCCUCUAAGUCUGUUGAGGAAGACUCCUCCUUUUCUGGGUGGCUUACUGUACAGCUACAGAAUAGCCAUUGGUUUUUACAUCAUUUUCUGCAUGUCUUACAACAAUGGAAGCACUAGCUGCUGUAGAUAUUUAUUUUUAACUGGCCUUUUUAAUGGUUUCUUUGUGAACCCAAGUAUAUUAAUCAAAAUGCAGUAUCAGUGUAUUAUGCAUUUUUCUUUUUUAUUAUUUGUUUAUUCUCAUGUCACAUGGUCUUGUAAAGGCCCCCAUGUACCACAUACAUUUUUUUACAUUUUCAGCACCACAUUGUAUGAUGUAAGCCUUUUCCUGUUUUUAAAAAUACGUUAAAGUCAUAUAGCUUUCAAUUUGCCUUGUAAAAUGCAUGAAUAGUCUACCUUUAUAUGCUUUCCUUUUGCUUUGCAAUGAUAAUAUUCCAUCUUUAUUAUUAAAGACAUUUGUAAUGCCUUA